AUGGCUGAGCAAGACAUAGCUAGAUACAUCUAUGCAAAUGGAUUGGCAUUUAAUGUUGUUCGCUCACCAUAUUGGCAGAAAAUGGUGAGAUCGAUUAAUGAGGCUCCAAGGGGGUUCAAGGGCCUAGGUUAUGAGAAGGUGUGCACCACUUUAUUGGACAAAGAGGUGAAACAUGUAGAGGAUUCCUUGAAGCCCAUUAAGGAUUCAUGGAUCGAAACAAGUGUGUCCAUAGUAUCUGAUGGAUGGAAAGAUGCAAGAAAUCGCCCUUUGGUCAAUGUUAUUGCAAUGUCCACGAGUGGUGCAAUAUUUUUGAUAGUGGAUUGUGAAGGGCAAGUGAAGAAUGGUCCACUCAUUGCAAACAUUCUUUUUCAAGCCAUUGAGCAAGUUGGCCCUCAAAAUGUUGUUCAAGUGAUAACAGACAAUGCCAAAAAUUGUAGGGUUGUCAAGUUAUUGGUUGAGGAGUGUUAUAAACACAUUUUUUGGACACCUUGUGUUGUCCACUCACUCAACCUAAUGCUGCAAAAAAAUGGCAAGAAGGUUGAGUGGAUCAAACAAAUGUAUGAUGAUGCCCAGAUGAUCCAAAUGUUCAUCACGAACCACCAUAUGUUGCAAGCCAUAUUUAGACAAUUCUCGAGAUUGGAGCUCUUGAAGGUUGUUGAGACCCAUUUUGCCUCCAACACUAUUGUUUUGAGACGCCUUGUGAAGGUUAAAGAGGCAUUAUCUAGAAUGGUAAUCAGUGCUAAUUGGAGCAUAUGGAGGCAAUCUAGUAGUACAAGGGCAGCUGCCAUUAAGGCAAUGAUACUAGAUGACUCUUGGUGGGAUCGUGCUAAGUACCGCCUAAGAUUUGUUGAGCCUAUAUUGAGCAUGAUCCAAUACACUAACAUGGAUAGGCCUUUCUUGGGUGAGGAUUCCUUUGCCCAGAAAUAUCUUCUUUCAGACCUUCCAAAUGUCAGCCCUGCAUCACACAAAAAGCCGCUCCUUUAUCUCCAGGAAUCAAUAUUAUUGAGAGGCUUGACUGCGAUUUCACCAAGCAAUCAAGGCGCUGUCAAGGAUUCACUUCUGCGGUGA